AUGGCGCCUGGCGCGCCGCACGCUCAUUGGCCGCCCGGCCCGAGGGCCCGCCCCCCGAGCGCCGCUAUUGGCCAGGGCGCCCCGGCGCUCGUUCGCCGCCAUCUUGCGGCGCGUUGCGACACGGGGGCCGCGAUGGCAACGGGCGCGGGGCCGGCGGCGCUUACGGCAGAAGCGGCCGGGCCGGGCCGGGGCGCGGCCGCCGCGGGCUCCGGGUCCCCCGCGCCCCCCGCCGCCCUCAUCGGCCUCCAGCCGCCCUUCGGCGAGCAAGACGAGGAUGACGUGCACAAGUGCGGGCGCUGCCAGUCGGAGUUCAGCUCCCUGCAGGAGUUCGUGCAGCACAAGCUGCAGAAGGGCUGCCAGCGCCCUCCCGACCCGCUCGCCGGGCUCCUCGGCCACGAAGGACAAAAGGUGGUUCCUGCUGUCGAGGAGUCCAUCACUGUUGCUCACAUUGUUGUCGAAGCAUCUUCCAUAGCAGAGGAGAUCAGCGACGCCUCGGCCAUCGUAGGCAGUGGGCACAUCAAAGAGGUCAUUGUAGCAGGAGACCAUGUGUUUGAGAACCCGAAUGGCCACGUGGAUGGGGACGUCAGUGAGGAGCAGGACGUUUCCAGCGAGCUGACCAAGGUCAAGCUGCAGGUGAACAAGGAGGGGCGAUACGUGUGUGAGCUGUGCCAGAAGACAUUUAAAACUGCCAGCAUCCUCAAAGCUCACAUGAUCACCCACAGCAGCAAGAAGGACUAUGAGUGUAAACUCUGUGGAACUUCCUUUAGGACAAAGGGGUCUCUGAUCCGACACCAUCGGCGGCACACGGAUGAAAGACCUUACAAAUGCAAGAAAUGUGGGAAAAGCUUCCGGGAAUCGGGAGCUUUGACUCGGCACCUUAAAUCUCUGACACCUUGCACUGAAAAAAUCCGCUUCAACAUGACCAAAGAAAUAGUUGUCAACAAAGAUGAUCUGCCACCAGGACCCUGCAGCUCCACCACAGACACAGUGUCCUCCAUAGCGAGCGAAUCCAUCGAGGCCUCCCCUGUCAUCCACCUCGUGACAGAUGCAAAAGGCAACGUGCUCCAUGAGGUCCAUGUGCAGAUGCAGGGACUGCCCGUGGUGGAUGCAAAGCCCCUGGAGGCAGAUCAGCCGCAUCCCAAGGAGCUGCCCUGCGAGGGGGAAGUGAACAGUGAGAACCUGCUGAGGCAGGCCAUGAGGAAUUCGGGGAUUGUCAUCGAGAGAGUGGCUCUGGAGGAGGUGCAGAAGCCGGAUGAACCUGUGGCGGCUGCUCCAGAAGAGCUGGAGAACAAAGGGAUGGAAGUAGAAGAGGAGCCGUGUGUGGAGCAGUGUGUUAAACUGGAAGGAGCAGAGUCUACACCUGCAGAAGGAACCAACGGGUACAAACGUUAUGUUUGCUCUCACUGUAAUGAAGCCUUCAAUGAAGUUGCUGCCCUGGAAGCUCACAGCAAGAGUCACACAGAGUACAAACCUUUCAAGUGCGAGGAGUGUGGCAAGGAGUUCACCAAGGGCUACCUGCUGAAGAAGCACCAGGAGGUGCACGUGAACGAGCGGCGCUUCCGCUGCGGGGAGUGUGGCAAGCUCUACAAGACCAUCGCCCACGUCAAGGGGCACCGGCGCGUGCACUCGGACGAGCGGCCCUACGCCUGCCCCAAGUGCGGCAAGCGCUACAAGACAAAGAACGCCCAGCAGGUGCAUUUCCGUACCCACCUGGAGGACAAGCCCUACGUGUGCCAGUUCUGCAGCCGGGGGUUCCGGGAGAAGGGCUCCCUGGUGCGCCACAUCCGCCACCACACCGGCGAGAAGCCCUUCAAGUGCUACAAGUGCGGCCGCGGCUUCGCCGAGCACGGCACCCUCAACAGGCACCUCAGAACCAAAGGUGGCUGCCUCCUUGCUAUGAAGGAGGUGGAAGAAGUGAUGGUGUCAGAGGAGAGCCAGUCUGCUGACAACUUGGCAGCCGCGGUCCUUUCGGAGGAUCCGCACACGGUUCUGGUGGAGUUCUCCUCAGUGGUGGCAGACACCCAGGAGUACAUCAUCGAGACUUCUACCGAAGACAUGGAGACCAGUGAGGCUACUGAAAUAAUAGAGGGAACAAGACAUGAGGUGGACAGCCACAUCAUGAAGGUGGUGCAGCAGAUCGUGAACCAGGCCAACUCGGGCCACCAGAUCAUCGUGCAGAACGUGACGGUGGCCGAGGGCGGCGCGGGCGCCGACGCCGCCGACACCAUCACCAUCGCCACCCCCGAGAGCCUCACCGAGCAGGUGGCCAUGACCCUGGCCUCGGCCAUCGGCGACGGCGCCGUGCUGGCCGCCGACGGCGGCCUGGCCGCGCAGGAGGCCACCGUCACCAUGGUGGCGUCCGAGGACAUCGAGAUCAUGGAGCACGCCGGCGAGUUCGUCAUCGCCUCGCAGGAGGGAGACGUGGAGGUGCAGACUGUGAUCGUGUGAGGGGUGGGAGUGCUCACCUGGGCACCGGGGCUGCUCACA